AUGUUUUCAGAGCGCACGCAUCAAGUUCAAGUAAUUAACGAGGAUUUUCAAGAAAUCCAACCGAAACAUGACUCUACAGCGAAGAAAACAGAUAAAUUUGAAUUGCUUCAGAAUCAAUUCACGAAAUAUUUUAAAUUAUUUCUCAAUACCUCUUCAAUACAUGGCUUGAACCAUAUAGUGGCUGCUAGAAGACAAUUCAUGGAAAGUAUCCUCUGGUUGUCAAUCAUUGUAAUAUCAGGGUAUGGUUCGUUAUACCUCUCCAGCAUUACUUGGGGACGCUACCAAUCUUCUCCAACCGUCAUAUCUAUGGACCGGGAUAUGUUUGCUUGGAACACCACGUUCCCAUGUGUGACGAUUUGUCCAAAUGGCAUACUUAACAUUGAUCCAAAAAAGCUUGAACUAUACUUGAAUAAUUCUAAAGUAGAAAACAAGACCGCACUGCAAUCCUUCAUCAUAGGUCUUGCCAAUGCUUCAUAUAAAUCAUUUGAAUUUGUACCAGAAUAUUUUGAGGUUCCCCCAGAAGAGUAUGUAGAUUUACUGUUGAACCUUUCUCUGGAAUUCAAACCUACACUUACUAUUGGCGUAGCAAAUGUAGCUUUAAAUGUUGUGCCGACGAUAACAGAAAUGGGCCUGUGCUACGCUAUUAAUUCCAGAACUGCCAUUUAUAAUUCACCUGAUGAAUCAAAAGAAUCAAAUAAGACCAGACUGAAAAACUUUAUCCUAAAACUUGCGAACGCCACCUACAACACCUUUGAAGAUGUACCAAGUUAUCCAGACAUACAUCCUGAUGAAUACCUAUCACUGCUACUGAAUCUCUCUCUGCCCUUAAAACCAUUAUUCACAGGCUCACUAAAAAUGACAGUUGCUUUGCCAACUGUUACUGAAAUGGGCAUUUGUUACGCUGUGAACUCAAGAACUGCAGUAUACAACUCUCCAGAAUACUUGGCAGCCAAUCGAUGGGACGUCAUACCUAACGAGAAUGAGACAUUUUACGCUCAUCCUCUUGAUGGAGAGGUAUUUGUUAAGUUAACCAUGAACAGGGGCCAUUCGUUUACUAUCUAUGUGCAUGGACCUCAAGAGACUCCAGAUAUAACCUCAAAGUCCCACGUGUUGUUAGAAACGCUCUUCUUAAAGAUAUACGUCACUGCAUUAACGGUCUACACUUCCCCAGAAGCCGCCAAGUAA